GCGGGACUCGGGUAAACUCCCCAGACGCUUCCAUACACGAUGGCAAGGAAGGUCAUGAUAUCGAGAAGACGGAGGUUGACCUCGGCGGCAUCGAUAUAUACGAUCCGAAUCGCCCGAGAUUCAAGCUUUCUCAAAGGCUAGCUCACUUCACUUGGGCCUGGUUUACUUUGUCUAUGAGCACCGGAGGUUUAGCACUCUUGAUUUACGCCCAACCUCACCAAUUCCCCGGGCUUCGACAAAUCGGAUUCGUUGUAUAUAUCACGAACCUCGUUAUAUUUGCUGGUAUAGUCGCCGCUAUGACCAUGAGAUUUGUUCUACAUAAAGGUACCUUCAAGACGUCUAUCACCCAUUCCCGAGAGGCAUUUUUCGUGCCGACGGCUUUUCUCGCUCUAGCGACUAUUAUCACAGGUACUCAACGCUACGCUAUUCCCGAAGCAACCACAUCUGCAGUAUGGUUCAUCUCGGUUCUGUUUUGGGGAUACGUGGCAGCUUCGCUGUUCGUCGCGAUAGCACAAUAUUCCUACGUAUUUAGAACUCACCAGCUCGGUCUCCAGACUAUGAUGCCAACUUGGAUCUUACCGAUAUUUCCCAUCAUGCUCUCAGGCACAAUCGCAUCAGUUAUUGCGGAAACUCAACCUCAGAUGAAUGCAAUUCCAAUCAUCGUGGUUGGGUUGACGUGUCAGGGCUUGGGUUUGUCUGUGGCGUUUAUGAUGUACGCUCAUAUGGUAGGACGUUUAAUGUCACGAGGCAUGCCAAACCGCGAACACCGAGCAGGUUUAUUCAUGAACGUUGGCCCACCGGCAUUUACAGCCCUGGCAAUUAUCGGUAUGGCAAAUGGUCUACCUGAUAACCUGGAUAUUAACGUGGGUAUGGUGCUUGACAUGAAAAUAAUUAGGCCUAUAGCAGUCGUGGGUGCUAUAUUUCUAUGGGCGCUCUCCCUAUGGUGGUUUGGGAUUGCUGUAGUGUCCGUCAUCAUGUCGCCGCCUCAAUAUUUCCACCUUAAUUGGUGGGCGAUGGCCUUUCCAAAUACAGGCUUCAUCCUGGCUACAAUUUCUAUCGGGAAUGAGCUCCAGCAUGAAGGAAUCCGCUGGUUUGCGACAGGGAUGUCUAUCUGCCUACUCGUUACAUAUUGCUUUGUGUUUUACAAUCUAGUCCGAGCUGUUAUCAUUCAGGAUAUCAUGUAUCCAGGUCGCGACGAGGAUGUAUUGGACACUACGGACAACUAAGGGGGGUGAUUGGCACCUCCUUUAAUGUAAACAUGGACCGUCAAGAAUAUUGGAGAAGUUGUUAGAUUGCAAGUUGAACAUUAGAAGAAGAUAACUAACGGAGAAAAGGUGAAGAGAUUUAGACUCGGAGGCAUAAAAUCAUAAUACGGGUUAUAAGGGUAUACACUCAUGCAUC